AUGCUGUCGUCAAGGUGUAAUCGUGUGUGUGUGUGUGCGCGUGUUGGUGCGCAGUGCGUGUGCAACGCGGGCUACUCGGGCGCGCGCUGCGAGGUGGCGGAGGAGCUGUGCGCGCGCACGCUCUGCGCCAACGGCGGCACCUGCCGGCCGCUGCGCCUCGCCGCCGCCUGCCUCUGCGCCCCCGGCUACACGGGCAAGCUGUGCGAGCAGUGCAUCGACGAGACGUGCGACUUCGAGGUGAAGACCGCCGGCGACGACGACGCCCUGGAGGGCCUCUGCAACGGAUUCUGUUUCAACGGCGGCUCGUGCCGGCCGGCGGCGGGGCGCGCGGUGUGCGCGUGCGCGGCGCAGUGGAGCGGCGAGCGCUGCCAGCGGCCCGCCUGCGAGGACGCCGCCUGCGCCCCCCAGCCGCCCCACGCCCCCCUCUCGCCCCAAGCCCCCUCCGCCACGCCCCCUCACGGAUUCGAACGGGUGACCACAAAUCGCGAAGAAUGUAACGCUACUAAAUCCACGCUGACCGUCUGCGGUAGUAGCUUCCCUGGCAGACUUUCGCGUUGCGCCAGUCUAAAGGGGAAUCGAAGCUCGCUACCGCACAGAAGUAUCUCAGACUCGCCGGAGCGGAUCAGGGCCGGCACUAGCCUCGGAGCGCGGUACGUAAUGUCGGCUCGGACGAGCGGCCGCGCCACCGCAAAGGCAGUCGGCCGCGCGCUGCCGUCCGAUCCGCCUGUACCCAGUAUCGCGUUGCCAAGUCGGGAAGACUUAAGUCUCGUCUUCGCAACG